AUGUUGGCCUAUGGUUUGAGAACAACCACAGGCAGGGUUUCAGUGUACUGCCCAGCACUGUAUUGCAAUGUCUUGUCUGACAGCUCUUCCCAGAAAGCUUUCCACAGGGCAAGAAGAGAGCUGGAUGCUUCAGCCCCAAUAGAUUGUAAGCUGAGUGGCUGGAGCGCGUGGGGGCCCUGCAACCCAUGCAUGUACCAGAGGUUUCAGUCCAGAAGUAUUGAGAAAUUCGGACAGUUUGGUGGAAAAUCAUGUCUGGAGACCGAGAGAUUCGCAAAGCUGAUCAAUAUUUUAGGGAUGCAGCCCCUGGCCAGCCCAUUGGACAAUGACUUUUUCAAUGGCCUGUGUGUGUGCGCACAUGACGGGAACAUGCGCACCUACUACUGCAAGCCCUGGAAUGUCAGUGUUCUCAUCUAUGACACAAAAGCAGACAAAACCUUCACAGCUGAGUACUAUCAUGAUCAUGCAGAAAUGAUUGAGGUUUACAUAGAAAAAGAAAGAAAAUUUAACGCGGAUCUGUCUGUGAAAUACACACCUACUGAUGCAAGCGGCAAAGAAACCGCACAAGGAAAUUUCAAGUAUCACUACAGCAAGAAUUCAAGUUUAAGUUCAGUCCUGAAAACCGUCACAGAAAGGAACCAAACCUUCCUGCAUGUAAAAGGAAAGAUUCAGCUUGGAAGAUUCCAGAUGCGAAGUCGUGAUGUCCAUCUCACAGACAGCUUCCUUGAUGAUCUAAACUUUCUGCCUGCUGAAUAUGAUAAGGGGGAAUAUUUCAAAUUCCUAGAAGAUUAUGGAACGUACUACAUGGUCUCUGGAGCUGUGGGAGGAAAAUAUGAGCUUGUGUAUGUGCUAGAUGAUUAUGCGAUGUCUCAUUCAGGUAGGUAUUCUCCUGGCCUCACUCUGCUACACGGAUUAUCACUGUUGCAUAGAGAAAUG